AUGUGGCCCUGGCCGGCACAAUCAGGCGCCGCACCGAAAUAUAGUCGAGGGCAAGCUGGGCUGACCGGGACGAGAGCAGGCAGGAGCCACUGGCACCGGGAGAGACCGAGCCGAGAUGAUGAAGAUGGUGACGUUUGGGCUGUUGGAAAUAUAGGCAAAUUUUUGAGUGGAUUUGGGAUUAGCAGUGGGAUUGGAUCCAUCUGGGAUUUGGGAGGGUCUGGUGAUGAUGGAUUAAGUAUGCGCAGAGAAGAAUGUGGCCCUGGAGACGAUGCAGAAGUGAUUGUGCAGAUGGAUGAAUGGUGGGGACAUGAGUGGUGGGGAUGA